AGGGAAGGCGGCUGUUUCCUCAUUUGUGUUACUGGAAGUUUGAGAGAUGUGAAGCCAGGCGGGAGCAGCGUGCGCGCCCCGCUGAGCUGGGUAGAACCACUGUAAACUGAGGCCUGCCUUUCUUGACUGGAAACCCCAGAGGAGGACAAGGCUCGGUACCAUGGGGUGUGAUGCUCUGAAUCUCUCUCACCUGUGAUGUGAGCACCUCCUGCAGAUGGCACAUUUGGAGAUCUUGACAAAGCCGCUUCUGUUUUGGAUGGGAUUUUUGGCGCCUUCUCACAGACUCAGAUGAAACCGUGAUGGCUGUGCCGGGGGACAGGUGCUGACACAUUCCCCAGCCCCAGCCUCUGUUCAUCCCAACUUCCUUUCCAACCUCAAUAUCUAAAUGCCACAGUGCUCUUGGGGCAAGUUGGGCUGGGGACCACUGUUGCCUUUUAAGACCAUAAAACCAUGGGAAACGCAGAAAGUCAAAAUGUAGAGCAUGAGUUUUAUAGAGAAAAGCAUGCCAGCCUGGGGCGCAAGCACACCUCCCGCUCUCUGCGCCUGUCUCACAAGACGCGGCGGACCCGGCACGCCUCCUCGGGGAAGGUGAUCCACAGGAACUCAGAAGUGAGCACGCGAUCCAGCAGCACCCCCAGCAUCCCCCAGUCCCUGGCCGAAAAUGGCCUGGAGCCCUUCUCCCAGGAAGGCACCCUGGAGGACUUCGGUGGCCCCAUCUGGGUGGACCGAGUGGAUAUGGGCUUGAGACCCGUGUCUUACACCGACUCUUCCGUCACUCCCAGCGUAGACAGCAGCAUCGUCCUCACAGCAGCCUCUGUGCAGAGCAUGCCAGACUCGGAGGAGAGCAGGCUUUACGGGGAUGACGCUACAUAUUUGGCUGAGGGAGGCAGGAGGCAGCAUCUCUAUACAUCCAACGGGCCCACUUUCAUGGAGACAGCCAGCUUUAAGAAAAAACGCUCCAAAUCUGCAGACAUCUGGCGGGAGGACAGCCUGGAAUUCUCACUCUCUGAUCUGAGCCAAGAACAUUUAACAAGCAACGAAGAAAUCUUGGGUUCCGCGGAAGAGAAGGACUGUGAGGAGGCUCGGGGGAUGGAGACACAGGCAAGUCCACGGCAGCUCAGCACCUGUCAGCGGGCCAAUUCCCUGGGUGACUUGUACGCUCAGAAAAACUCUGGGGUGACGGCAAACGGGGGGCCGAGGAGCAAAUUUGCAGGCUAUUGUCGGAAUUUGGUGUCUGACAUUCCCGAUCUUGCAAACCAUAAGAUGCCACCGGCUGCUGCCGAAGAGAAUCCUCCGUACAGUAAUUACAACACACUUCCCUGUAGGAAAUCUCACUGUCUUUCUGAAGGUGCCACCAACCCACAAAUUAGCCAUAGCAACAGCAUGCAAGGCAGAAGAGCAAAAACAACUCAGGAUGUUAACACGGGCGAAGGCAGUGAGUUUGCAGACAGCGGGAUUGAAGGGGCCGCCACUGACACGGACCUCCUGUCCAGGCGGUCCAAUGCCACCAACUCCAGCUACUCGCCCCCCACGGGCCGGGCCUUUGUGGGCAGCGACAGUGGCAGUAGCUCUACCGGGGAUGCAGCUCGCCAGGGCGUGUACGAGAACUUCCGAAGGGAGCUGGAGAUGAGCAACAGCGAGAGCCUGGAGGAGACGGGUUCUGCUCAUAGCGACGAGCAGAGCAGCGGCACCCUGAGCUCCCCGGGCCAGUCGGACAUCCUGCUGACCGCUGCGCAGGGCACGGUGCGCAAGGCCGGCGCCCUGGCGGUUAAGAACUUCCUGGUGCAUAAGAAGAACAAGAAGGUGGAGUCGGCGACACGCAGGAAGUGGAAGCACUACUGGGUAUCCCUAAAGGGAUGCACGCUCUUUUUCUACGAGACCGACGGCAGGUCUGGAAUAGACCACAACAGCAUUCCCAAGCACGCCGUCUGGGUGGAGAACAGCAUCGUGCAGGCUGUGCCCGAGCACCCCAAGAAGGACUUUGUCUUCUGCCUCAGCAACUCCCUGGGUGAUGCCUUCCUCUUUCAGACCACCAGCCAGACAGAGCUUGAGAACUGGAUCACCGCCAUCCAUUCUGCGUGUGCGGCCGCUGUUGCAAGACACCACCACAAGGAAGACACACUCCGACUCCUGAAGUCCGAAAUCAAGAAACUGGAACAGAAGAUUGACAUGGAUGAAAAGAUGAAGAAAAUGGGCGAAAUGCAGCUGUCUUCAGUCACCGACUCGAAGAAGAAGAAAACUAUAUUAGAUCAGAUCUUUGUUUGGGAGCAAAAUCUCGAACAGUUCCAAAUGGACCUCUUUCGUUUCCGCUGUUACCUAGCUAGCCUGCAGGGUGGGGAGCUGCCAAACCCCAAAAGGCUACUGGCUUUUGCAAGCCGACCAACCAAAGUGGCAAUGGGCCGCCUUGGGAUCUUUUCUGUAUCAUCUUUUCAUGCCCUGGUGGCAGCGCGUACUGGUGAAACUGGAGUGAGAAGACGUACUCAGGCUAUGUCCAGAUCCGCAAGCAAGCGAAGGAGCAGGUUUUCUUCCCUUUGGGGUCUGGAUACUACCUCCAAAAAGAAGCAAGGACGCCCAAGCAUCAAUCAGGUGUUUGGAGAGGGAACUGAUGCUGUAAAGAAAUCUUUAGAGGGAAUAUUUGAUGACAUUGUUCCAGAUGGCAAGAGGGAGAAAGAAGUGGUCUUACCUAGCGUCCACCAGCACAAUCCUGACUGUGACAUUUGGGUCCACGAGUAUUUCAGUCCAUCCUGGUUCUGUUUGCCCAAUAACCAGCCGGCUCUGACUGUUGUCCGGCCGGGGGACACUGCACGGGACACUUUGGAGCUGAUUUGCAAGACACAUCAACUAGAUCAUUCUGCUCAUUACCUGCGACUGAAAUUUCUAAUAGAAAACAAAAUGCAGCUCUACGUCCCGGAGCCCGAGGAGGACAUUUAUGAGCUGUUGUACAAAGAAAUUGAAAUCUGCCCAAAAGUCACUCAGAGCAUCCACAUUGAAAAGUCAGAUGCAGCUGUUGACACUUACGGGUUUUCCCUUUCUUCUGUGGAAGAAGAUGGUGUUCGAAGACUCUAUGUGAAUAGUGUGAAGGAAACUGGGUUAGCUUCCAAGAAAGGUCUGAAAGCAGGAGAUGAGAUUCUUGAGAUCAAUAAUCGUGCUGCAGGCGUCCUCAACUCAUCUAUGCUCAAAGAUUUCCUCUCGCAGCCCUCUCUGGGCCUCCUGGUAAGGACCUACCCCGAGCUGGAGGAAGGAGUGGAGCUUCUGGGGAGCCCGCCCCACCGAGUGGACGGCCCUGCGGACCUCGGCGAGAGCCCCCUUGCCUUCCUCACCAGCAACCCAGGGCACAGCCUCUGCAGUGAGCAGGGCAGUAGUGCGGAGACUGCUCCAGAGGAAACAGAAGGGCCAGACUUGGAAUCCUCAGAUGAGACUGAUCACAGUAGCAAGAGUACAGAACAGGUGGCCGCGUUUUGCCGCAGUUUACAUGAGAUGAACCCCUCUGACUCGAGCCCGUCUCCUCAGGACUCCACAGGGCCUCAGCUGGCGACCAUGAGACAACUGUCUGACGCAGAUAAGCUGCGCAAGGUGAUCUGUGAGCUCCUGGAGACGGAGCGCACCUACGUCAAGGACCUAAACUGUCUCAUGGAGAGAUACCUGAAGCCGCUUCAAAAAGAAACUUUUCUCACCCAAGAUGAGCUUGAUGUGCUCUUUGGAAAUUUAACUGAAAUGGUAGAGUUUCAAGUAGAAUUCCUUAAAACUCUAGAAGAUGGAGUGAGACUGGUACCUGAUUUGGAAAAGCUUGAGAAAGUGGACCAAUUUAAGAAAGUGCUGUUCUCUCUGGGGGGAUCCUUUCUGUACUACGCUGACCGCUUCAAGCUCUACAGUGCCUUCUGCGCCAGCCACACAAAAGUUCCCAAGGUCCUGGUGAAAGCCAGGACAGACACGGCUUUCAAGGCGUUCUUGGACGCCCAGAACCCAAAGCAGCAGCACUCGUCCACGCUCGAGUCUUACCUCAUUAAACCCAUCCAGAGGAUUCUCAAGUACCCACUGCUGCUCAAGGAGCUGUUUGCUCUGACCGAUGCGGAGAGCGAGGAGCAUUACCACCUGGACGUGGCCAUCAAGACUAUGAACAAGGUCGCAAGUCACAUCAAUGAGAUGCAGAAAAUCCACGAAGAAUUCGGAGCCGUGUUUGACCAGCUGAUCGCAGAACAGACUGGUGAGAAAAAAGAGGUUGCAGAUCUAAGCAUGGGAGACCUGCUUUUGCACAGUACCGUGAUCUGGCUCAACCCACCAGCCUCCCUGGGGAAGUGGAAAAAGGAACCAGAAUUGGCCGCCUUUGUCUUCAAAACUGCUGUGGUUCUUGUAUAUAAAGAUGGUUCCAAACAGAAGAAGAAACUUGUAGGAUCUCACAGGCUUUCAAUUUAUGAGGACUGGGACCCCUUCCGAUUUCGACAUAUGAUCCCUACUGAGGCUCUGCAGGUUCGAGCUUUGGCUACUGCAGAUGCAGAGGCAAAUGCCGUGUGUGAAAUUGUCCAUGUAAAAUCGGAGUCUGAAGGGAGGCCGGAGAGGGUCUUCCACCUGUGCUGCAGCUCCCCAGAGAGCCGGAAGGAUUUCCUGAAGGCCAUGCAUUCCAUCCUGCGGGACAAGCACAGAAGACAGCUCCUCAAAACCGAGAGCCUUCCCUCAUCCCAACAAUAUGUCCCUUUUGGAGGAAAAAGAUUAUGUGCACUGAAGGGGGCCAGGCCAGCCAUGAGCAGGGCAGUGUCUGCCCCAAGCAAGUCCCUUGGGAGGAGGAGGCGGCGGCUGGCUCGGAACAGGUUUACCAUUGAUUCUGAUGCCGUCUCCGCAAGCAGCCCGGAGAAGGAGUCCCAGGAGCCUCCAGGUGGCGGGGACACUGACCGAUGGGUAGAGGAGCAGUUUGAUCUUGCUCAGUAUGAGGAGCAAGAUGACAUCAAGGAGACAGACAUCCUCAGUGACGAUGAUGAGUUCUGUGAGUCCAUGAAGGGCGCCUCUGUGGACUCAGACCUGCAGGAGCGGCUUCAGGCUGCCUCCAUCAGUCAGCGAGAAAGAGGCCGGAAAACUCUGGACACUCAUGCUUCCCGCAUGACCCAGCUCAAAAAGCAGGCUGCCCUGUCGGGAGGCCUCGGUGGAGGUGUGGAGAGCACAAGCGAGGAGGUCAUCUGGGUUAGGCGUGAAGACUUUGCCCCCACCAGGAAACUGAACACUGAGAUCUGACUGUGUCACUUGCCCCUUAGAGAAUAUGUGUAGAUACUCUCCGCCCGCCCUCCCGUGCCGUCGACGAGAAUGUCCCCUUAGGUCGCACUCUUGCACACACGUUUUGGCAGCUGACUUGGUUCUGAAGCCAUGUAGCCACCCACCAUCAUCAUUUUUAACAGCAGCAUCAGAGAGAAUUGCUCACGAUCCCAGAUAAGCUCAAGUCCUGUCUUCUGUAUAUUACGAAGGGCUUUAAUUUAUUCUCAAUCAGGGUCUGAAGAAUUAAAAGAAAAAUUCUAAAGCACUGGAAAACAAAUCAUCCCCAGGAGUUUAAGUACCACACCACAGAUUAAUUCAAGGGGUAGAUAGUGCACACACAAAAAAUGAUGACGAUCGCUCUGUGUGAAAUCACUCUCCUAGCUGGGGAAACUAUUUUCAGAUACAAAAAUCUGUACAGCUUGCAGUGUUCUUACCGUCCUUUUCCUCUUCCAUGUCUGAGAAUAUCUGUAUUUUAAGGAUGUGUGAGGAGAGGGUGGCGAUUCAUGUUUUGAUGAGCCUUUUUUUUUCUUUUUUCUUGUUUUGGUCUAUGGCUGGUCUUACUCUGUGUCAGUGUUCGGAAGCUCUAGUUUUGCAGAGAAUUAUAAAGAUGCCAAACUCUUUGAAAAGAGAUCCAAAUUUAUCACUUGAGAGAAAAAAAUUAAAAAAAAAAAAACACACUAUUUUUUGUAUUUUACCUGAGAUGCAGGGGGCACAAAUAGAGGAGAAUUUUACAGUGUUAGUGUAACCCUGAGUCUAAAAAAAUAAAAUAAAAAAUGAGAAUAUAACCUUUUAGAGAGUGAGGCAUGGUGGUUUUAUAUUUAUAUUUGAAAGGCCAAUAAGCUCAUGCUAAGGAUAAAGAAUUUUUCCAAGAAGCAGAUUUUUUUUUGUUUUAAAUGUUUGAAUCUAAAAAUAAACAAAAAACAAAAAAAAUGUUUGAAUCUAUAUUUGAGAUGGGAGUUUGGUUGGAUUAAACAUGACACCCAAGUGAGUGGUUUGUGUGUCUGUUGCACAUGGUGGGGGAGGGGAGCCUCCUCAUGGGGUUGCCAUGGUGAUCAUGGGUUUUUUUUUUUUUCCAUCAAAAUUGCAUCUUCAUCCGUAGACAACCUACCCCCUUCCCUGAAGGUCCAUAACCAAACCUCUUCCAAAACAUCUCUUGUGUAUUAAUACUUCCUUCAUGCCAACAAAACAGGGUAAACAUACUUCAAACCUAACGGUCUAAACAGAUAUCCAAAUAAGAAGAAAAACAAGUUAUAGCACUUUCAAUUUUCUUUUUUUUUAAAGGUUUAUAGCUUUUUCUUUUCCCAUUUCUCAAUGUCCACUUCCUAAGAAGGGUUUAAAUAAUAUGAAAACUUUCUUUUUGGGGAAAAUAUCUAUUUGGUGUUUGACACAUCAGUAGGUACUUUAAAGACCUGAAUUUUAUAGUAGCUUUAGGAAUUAUAUUUUAUAAAAAUCAGUUAUGACUUUAUAUUUCCAGACAAUAGAGAGUUCAGAACAUCAUGCUCUGUGCCCUGCUUGCUUAACCUGCUUCCUCACCCCAAAUCCCUCCCUCUUCGGGUUUUCAGGGCUUUGAGCUUGAUCUUUUGAAAGUUUUAUUCUAUUAAAUUUUUGCUAUAUCUUCUGGUUUUCUUAAAAAGCUUUAGAAUGGUUUCUAUACCCUUUGUAUCACUGCAUUGUUCCAUAUCUCCGGUCCGACUGUGUCUGGAUGGAAAACAGCAGCAGAACAGUCGCAUUUCCUAGUCACCGUGCAACGCGUCCAUCUGAAAAUACUCGGAAGUCUGGUGCUUGGAGAGGUGCCAUUGUCUCUUGUACAUAAUAAGGUCAUGACGUGUCUAUGUCCAAAGUUCUUAUAUAUUUCUUUUAUAAGCUGAAAGAAGGUCUAUUUUUAUGUUUUUAGGUCUAUGAAUGGAACGUUGUAAAUGCCUGUCAAACAAUAAAAAUAAUGAAACGUG